AUGGGGUUUGAGAACUCAGCGGGAGCCGUGGGCCACCAAGCUGUGGCCUACCGCUCCCAGUCCGACAACUCCGUCGUCUUCAAUUGCCAGUUUGAUGGAUAUCAAGACACCCUGUACCAGCAAACCUAUCGACAGUUCUUUCGUGACUGUGUCAUCACUGCUUACUUGCCCGUCAAGGACCAGCUCAAGGCGUACCUGGGGCGUCCGUGGAAGGAGUAUUCGAGGACCGUGAUCAUGCACACCGUGAUCGACGGCAUGAUCGCUCCCGAAGGAUGGUUGGAGUGGCAGGGUGACUUGGGGCUCAAGACGCUUUACUACGCGGAGUUUCGAGAAUACGGGUCCUGGGUCGGUUCAGACGGGUCGGGUGACUUGGCCUGGAGUUAA